AUGGGAGAUUUGAUGAAAAGACAAUUCAAUGUUCUAGACUUGUCUGGGCACAAUUUUCUGGAAUGGACUGUUGAUGCACAAAUGAACUUAAAAGCCCAAGGACUGGACCAUACCAUAAAAGAUAUACUGGUUUCAGGCACUACAGAAAUCAAAACUGCCAUCGAGCAGGAAAAGGCCAAAGCCACAGUCCUUAUAAGGCAUCAUUUACAUGAAAGCCUGAAAACUGAAUAUCUGUUGGUGGAAAAUCCCAAAGAGUUGUGGGAUAGCCUUAAAGAAAGAUAUGGACACCAUAAAAGGGUGCUCCUACCAAAGGCUCAAUUUGACUGGACCAAUAUGAGGUUCCAGGAUUUUAAAUCUGUCAGUGAAUAUAACUCCACACUAUUCAAAAUUGUAUCAUUGCUGAAAUAUUGUGACCAAGCGGUCACAGAAGAUCAAAUGAUAGAGAAAACCCUCUCCACAUUUCAUGCGAACAAUAUUGUAUUGCAACAGCAAUACCGAGAGAGGGGCUUUAAGAAAUACUCUGAGCUGAUUUCUAUACUAUUAGUUGCCGAACAUAACAAUGAUCUUCUGUUGAAAAACCAUAAUCUUAGACCAACUGGGUCUAUUGUUAGGUUAUGA